AUGGUAUUCCAAAUAAUUACUACUACUUCUUUUCUGAUGCUUUUCUUGUUCUUCACUUUCUUUUCCCUCAAUUCCUCACUUUCUUUUGGACAAGAGGAAUUUUCCAUUGGAGAUAGAAUUAGCGCAAAAAAAUCCAUUAUUAUCGGUGUUACUAUUGUCUCUUCGGGUGAAAACUUUGAGUUGGGCUUCUUUACACCAGACAACGGCUCCAGUUAUUACAUUGGCAUAUGGUACAAAAACAUAAGCCCGCAAACAAUCGUUUGGGUAGCAAAUAGGGAAAAGAAACUUUCUUUUCCUGAAAUGGCUAAUGCAGAAUUCACAGUUAGGAAUGGAAACUUAGUUCUCUUGAAUGGGUUCCGACAACCAAUAUGGAGAACAAAUAUCAACUACUCCAAAAUGCCUGAUUCUGUCGUAGCUGUUCUUCGUGAUGACGGAAAUUUUGUUUUGAGAGAUGGGUCGAAUUCAACAUCUCCGCUACUCUGGCAAAGUUUCGACAACCCUACCAAUACCUAUAUGCCUGGUUCAAAGCUUAGUUAUAACAAACAUACGAAAGCCAUGCAAUACAUUACAUCAUGGAGGAGUUUAGAAGAUCCUAAUCCAGGGCCUUACACUGUUGAGAUUAAUCCAAGAAAUGGCCAGAUUAGGGCAAUGUGGAAUAGAACUGAGGAAUACUGGAACAGUGGUACUUGGGAUGGAGAUAGGUUUAGUAAUGUACCAUAUAACAUUCCCAACACAACAGUUAACUAUACGUAUAUCAACAAUGAUAAUGAGGUUUAUUAUGCACAUACUUUCUUUAGUCCUUUAGUCACAUCAAGAUUUGUUAUUGAUGUCACGGGAGUAAUGAAGCAAUUCACAUGGUUGGAUAGCUCUCAUCAAUGGAAUGUGUUUUUCCUUCAACCAACACAGCCCUGUGAUGUAUAUGCUUAUUGUGGAGCAUUUGGUACUUGUAAUCCCAGCUCAAGUUCAGUAUGCAGUUGUUUCCCUGGUUUCGUUCCCAGAUUAGAUACGGAUUGGGAUUUGGAUAUUUUUUCUCAAGGUUGUGUUAGGAAAACAAAUUUGAGCUGCGGCAAUUCUAGUGCUCCCUUUAGGGAUAGAAUUUGGAUGAUGUCUCAGGUGACAUUACCAAAGCACUAUGAAACAGUCAAAGCUACAAGAGCAGAAUGUGAAUCUACUUGUGUCAAAAAUUGUUCUUGUACUGCUUAUGCUUAUGACGGCGGUGAUUGUUUAACUUGGACUAAAGAGCUCCUAAAUCUGCAACAACUGUCUCAAGAUGAUCAAAGAGGAAGAAACCUGUUUAUCAAACUUGCUGCUUCUGAUUUUCCAAGUGACCAAGGCCAAAGGAAUCUUUUGGAUCAUUUGAAGAGUAGAGUAAACCCUAACGAUUUGACUAAUGAAGAUGAUGACAAUACAAUGGAUGUUCGAUGUUUUAGUUUUGAAAGCAUAUUAGCUGCUACAAAUCAAUUCUCAGAGGCAAACAUGCUGGGCCGAGGAGGGUUUGGUCCCGUUUAUAAGGGUAAAUUUCUAGGAGGAAGAGAGAUUGCAGUUAAAAGAUUAUCAACUCAAUCUCGACAAGGCAUAGAAGAAUUUACGAAUGAAGUGUUAUUGAUCGAGAGAGUUCAACACAGGAAUCUAGUUAGACUUUGUGGCUAUUGUGUAAAGGGAAAUGAAAAGAUUGUACUUUACGAGUACAUGUUAAAUAAGAGUUUGGACACCUUCAUAUUUGAUGAACAAAAUCGCACAUUGCUGGACUGGAAAAAACGAUUUGACAUUAUACUUGGAAUUGCCCGUGGAAUGUCUUAUCUACACCAUGAUUCAAGGCUGACGAUCAUUCAUAGAGAUCUUAAAACUAGUAAUAUUUUACUAGACGAAGAAAUGGACCCCAAGAUUUCGGACUUUGGCUUAGCAAGGAUUGUUCAAGGAGAUUUUACACAAGCAAAUACGAAAAAAAUUGUCGGAACCUAUGGCUAUAUGUCUCCGGAGUAUGCGUUGAAUGGAUCGUUCUCAACCAAGUCAGAUGUUUUUAGUUUUGGAGUAAUUAUACUUGAAAUUCUAAGCGGCAGAAGAAACACCGGAUUUUAUCAAUGCGAAGAGGCAAGGAACCUCAUCGAAUAUGCUUGGAGAUUGUGGAAUGAAGAGAAGGCAAUCAAUUUGGUGGAUGAAUCGCUACUUGAAACAUGUAACAUAGAUGAAGCAAUAAAAUGCAUUAACAUUGGUCUCUUAUGCGUACAAGAAAACCCUAGUGAACGUCCAAGUAUGUCGAACGUCAUAGUAAUGCUUGGGGGUGAAAGUAUGAUUCUUCCAAAACCUAAUCAUCCAGCUUUUGUGGCAAGAACUACUAUUUCUAGUGAAUCUAUAGCAUCCUCUACCAAGAAUGGGCUAACUAUUACAAUUGAACAAGGUCGAUAA